AUGAUAGCAGCAGAUGGAGAAGAAGCAGAAGGUUUUUACAGUUAUUCAAGUCAGGAUUCUCGAGAAUCAUCGGAAGAUGAUUUAGAAAAACUGAAAAAGCAGACAACUGUGAACGAUUUCAAGAAAAAUAAACUGGAAAUAGAAGCAAGACGAAAUUGGGAUAAAUUCUAUCAUCGAAACAAGGACAAUUUUUUCAAGGAUAGAAAUUGGAGCAGCGAAGAUUUGAAGAUAAUUUGCCCGGAUUUGAAUUUCGCAACUUCAAGCAUCGCAUAUCUUGAAGCUGGUUGUGGAGUUGGAAAUAUGCUUUUUCCACUCGUCUCAGAGCUUCCAAAUCUAAAACUUUUUGCUUUUGAUUUCUCUGCAAAUGCUGUGAAAUUGCUUGAAAAACGAGCUGAGGAACUGAAUUUGGAAGUGGAAACAUCAGUUAUUGAUUUAUCUUUGGAAAAUGUUGACGCGAGACAUUUUUGUGCAUUUGUGCGUCACCGUGUUUGCACAAGUCAAUACAGUAUACCAACCGCGAACCGAGGGCCAAAAAAAUACGUGGAAAAAAUCGAUAAGAAUACAGUACCUCAUUCAAAGGCGCACAUACAAAUUUAG